CAGAACUGAGAACUGAUUCCCGAAAUACCUUUCCCUGGGCAUAUACACGGGAGACACUUACACAGAACAUACAUACGGAUUAUGUAGUCGGGAAUAUGCAGGUGCUACCGCAUCGUAGGCAGGUGGCUGACGCCAAGCAAGCCAAUGUGGUUAGCGGCUGGCCGGACCCCUGCAUGCCCAGGAACCCCAGGCAACGACGGGGGGUUAUGCGUCAGUUCCCGCCCCCCACAGAUACCUUCGUUCCCAAAGACCGAGCUGCCGCUGUUCCUCUCUACUCUCCUCAUCCAAUAAACAAGAAUUCAAAGGCAGUAAGAAAUCAGCAACGAUGAAGGUUUCCAAGGCUUCAGUUCUCGCGCUUCUUCUGCCGGCAAUAAGCGCUCGCUUUGUUGAAGAGAGCGAACAGGCGGAGCACGUCGGCCUCUAUACCGACUGGGCAAAGCAGAUUGACGACGGUGCUCCCAAGUAUCACAUCGAGUUGUCUCCCGGCGAGACUAGAUGGGUGACGGAAGAUGAGAAAUGGGAGCUGCGCAGGAAUGGCAAGCGCUUCUUCGACAUCACCGACCACCCCGAUCUCGGCUCGCUCCGCGCUCGGUCGGCCGUCAAGAGCGUCUUCCCCAAGUCGCCGGCUUUCCAAACCGAGAUCGAGCCUCUCCUGGCGAACCUAUCCAAGACGGAGAUGAAAGACCAUUUGGAGACGUUUACCAGCUUUCACACCCGGUACUACAAGUCCGACUAUGGUCGGCAGUCGAGCGAAUGGCUGCUCGGUGUGGUCCGUGACACUAUCAAGGAGGCUGGUGCGGAGGAUUACGUCUCAGCAAAGCACUUCGAGCACUCGUGGGGCCAGAACAGCAUCAUUGCAACGAUUCCCGGCAAGACCAACUCCACAAUCGUCAUCGGCGCUCACCAAGACUCGAUCAACCUCUGGCUUCCGAGCAUACUUGCUGCGCCGGGUGCGGAUGACGAUGGCAGCGGCACUGUCACCAUUCUCGAGGCUUUCCGCGUGCUGCUGACGUCGGAGGAUAUCGUCAAGGGCAAGCAUGAGAACACGAUCGAGUUCCAAUGGUAUAGUGCCGAGGAAGGCGGUUUGCUCGGCAGCCAGGCCAUCUUCUCGGCAUAUGCGAAGGCCAACCGGGACGUCAAGGCGAUGCUCCAGCAAGACAUGACCGGGUUCGUGGAACGCACUCUCCAGGCGGGCCAGCCCGAGAGUGUCGGCGUCGUCGUAGACUUUGUCGAUCCGAAUUUGACCGAAUUCAUCAAGAAGGUGAUUGUCGAGUACUGCGACAUUCCCUUCAUCGAGACAAAGUGCGGCUACGCCUGCUCUGACCAUGCCUCGGCUUCGAAAGCCGGCUACCCCUCUGCCUUUGUCAUCGAGUCGGCAUUCGAGUAUAGCGACAACCACAUCCACAGCGUCGACGACCUCAUCUCAUACCUGUCCUUCGACCACAUGCUCCAGCAUGCGCGCAUGACCCUGGCCUUUGCCUACGAGUUGGCCUUUGCCAAUUUUGCCAAGUUGGAAAGUGAGGCUUCGAACGAGAUGGAAGACCUCUAAGGGAUGCAAAUCGCCCCUAACCUUGGCCCGGGGGGGGCUUGGAACUGGGCAUGCUUGGCGCGGAUGACGAUUGACGCGCAAUAUCAAGAGUAUCUUUUAGGAUUUUAUUAUUUACCUUUGGGCGUUCGUUGGGGGGGUUGGGAACGGGUGAUAGCAGUAGAAGAAGGGUUGAACAAUCAUAGCAACAAUUGUACAGUCGC